AUGGUGGUGAAGAUCUCCAAAUCCGGUGGGUCCGGCCCCUCCGCGAAGAAGCGGAGCGCAACGACGUCCUCGUCGAUAGAGGGGGUGGUGGAAACCACCUCCACCAGCCGCCCGUCGGGCGAUUCUCAAAAGGAAAAGCAGCCCCCCUCAAGCGCGAGGAAACCCCUCAAACGCGUGAAAUUCGACGACGAAGGGCUCGUCAAGGCCGAUGCGAGCCUCGCGUCGAAGAAAAUCCAACGCACCCCAACCCCCGCCCCCGCGAAAAACUCGAAGGAAGGAGGCCAAUCGAAGCGACCGCGAAAGGUGGAGCCCACCGGGGAGGGGAAACGACGCCGAGCGCGCGCCGAGGACGACCAACCCCACCUCGCGAACCACCCCAACGCGAACGAAAACGAAGCCGACGACGAUAAUGAGGAGGAGGAGGAGGUGCGUUCGUUGGUGGAUAGCAGCGGUAGCGAGGACGAUCUCAACGCGAAAGGCGAGGAGGACGAGGAGGAUCUUAGUGAGCUCGCGAGCCUCGCCGGCAGCGACGGGGGUGAAAACGACAAAGAGGAAAACCCCUUCCAGCGGGCUCGCCGCACCGGGGAACGGCUGGCGUACGCCGUCCUGCAGCUUCGCUUUCUCCCGCCGGAGUUUCAGGAGCCGCAGUUGUUUAAAUUUCUCGGCCAAUUCGGCGCGAGCGUGCUGAACUGCUUUUGCGUGCGCAGCCGUCGAACGCAUCAAUCGAAAGGCAUCGCGUACGUGCAGUUCGACCGCGAAUCGGUCCUCCCCACGGUCGUGGAGGAAUGCCAUGGAAUGCUGCUUGGGGGGCGGACCGUUCGCGCGAAAACGGUGAUCCUGCAUCGCGCGAUGCCCUCGCGGGAGAGCGUGGCGAAGCGCCGGCAGCUCGCGUACGCGUAUAAAACCAAAGGUGCCCCGCUUAAACGCCAUAACGUCUCGCGGAAGGAUCCCGUGGCGCUGUUGAUUAAGGCCGCCCGGACGGAAGCGCAGAAUAACGCGUAUUUGAAAAGCCUCGGGAUCGACUACACGACGGAUUUUUUCACCUCACAGCUCGCAAAUAUCCCGGCAGAUCAGAUCGAUCACGCGAAGAAACCGCGUGGGAUGAAGUUGGGCAAACCCACCGUCGCGGCCGCGGAGGAAAACGCGGAAAUCGAGGUAACGGCAGGGAAAGCUUCCUCGUUGGAAGCUAAAAAGACAACGCGAUCGGAUCCCCCACUCGCAUCGCCCCCAAAGGUGGAGGAAGCCGCGAAGACGAAUGACGCGCCCGCGAACGACAAACGCCAACGUCGUGAAAGCGUCGCGGAGAAAAAGGGCACCGUGGAAAAGAGUAAGGCAACGAAAAAAAUGAGCAAACCCACAAAGCCCACGAAACCCUUGAAGAAAUCAAAGUGA